UUCAGAUCAACUAUGCUUCGUGCAGCCAUAGCCCGCAGCGCUGGGCAGAUUCGGUCGUCUAGCACUAAAGGAAUUAGAGAUGUAAAGCCAAAGUACACGCAGCUGUUCAUCAAUAACGAAUGGGUAGAUGCGACCAGCAAGAAAACCUUCGAGACCGUUAACCCGGCUGACAAAAGCGUGAUAGCAAAAGUCGCAGAAGGUGAUAAGCCUGACGUCGAUAAGGCGGUAAAGGCUGCUUCCGAUGCAUUCCGACUUGGGUCCCCAUGGCGCCGCAUGGACGCCGCACAUCGUGGUGUUUUAUUACAAAAACUCGCUGAUCUCAUGGAAAGAGAUCGUGUUUAUUUGGCUUCGCUAGAAUCACUCGACAAUGGAAAACCAUACUCAGUCGCGUAUGCUGGCGAUCUUCCACUGGCUAUCGCUUGCUUGAGAUAUUACGCGGGUUGGGCUGACAAAAAUCACGGUAAGACUAUUCCAAUCGCAGGCGACUACUUUACCUACACAAGGCACGAGCCGGUAGGAGUAUGUGGACAAAUUAUUCCAUGGAAUUUCCCAAUUCUUAUGCAAGCUUGGAAACUUGGGCCAGCACUUGCAAUGGGUAAUACAGUAGUGAUGAAACCUGCCGAACAAACUCCCCUAACAGCUCUUCAUGUGGCCAGCCUUAUCAAGGAGGCAAGUCCUUCUUUCCCGGUUCUUCCUCGUGAAAUUCAACUUCUUAUGCCCAUACUACAGGCAGGCUUCCCAGCUGGGGUAGUGAAUCUCAUUCCUGGAUUUGGACCCACUGCUGGCCAUGCCAUCUCUAGCCAUACGGAAGUGGAUAAAGUUGCUUUCACUGGUUCUACAAGCGUUGGACGACUUGUGAUGGCUGCGGCUGCUCAAAGCAAUAUAAAGAAAGUGUCACUGGAAUUGGGUGGAAAGAGUCCGAAUAUCAUAUUCUCCGAUGCUGAUUUGGAUUAUGCUGUACAACAAGCCCAUCAUGGACUUUUCUUCAAUCAAGGACAAUGCUGCUGUGCUGGAUCACGAGUAUUCGUAGAAGGAAAGGUUUACGACGAGUUUGUCGAGAAAUCUAAAGCUUUGGCUGAAAAGCGUGUACUCGGUGAUCCAUUUGAUCCCAAAACUGAACAGGGACCCCAGGUGGAUGAGGAUCAACUGAAAACUAUCGAACGUUAUGUGAAUAUUGGAAAGAAAGAAGGGGCUCAAUUGGUUACAGGUGGCAAAAAGUGGGGCGAAAAAGGUUAUUUCUACGAACCAACAAUAUUCGCCAAUGUGAAAGAUCAAAUGAAGAUUGCACAAGAAGAAAUAUUUGGUCCUGUCAUGAGUGUUAUAAGAUUCGAUAAGAUGGGAGAUCUUGUCGAAACCGCGAAUAACACCAUUUAUGGCUUGGCAGCUGCUGUAGUAACCAAGGAUCUUGACAAAGCCCUCCAUGUAGCUAACAACAUUCGCGCAGGGACCGUUUGGGUAAACUGCUUCGAUGUGUUUGACUCUGCUGCACCUUUUGGUGGCUAUAAGCAAUCAGGUCUCGAUCGUGAACUUGGUGAAUAUGGUCUACAUGCGUAUACCGAAGUGAAAACAGUCACAAUCAAAGUGCCUCAGAAAAACUCAUAGGAACAGUUACGUGAAUUUUGUAUUCUCGUGAUGAAGACGGAUUCUAUUUAUGAAGAUCUUAUUUGCUAUAUCUCACUUUGUAAAAACUUUACCUCAAAGAUUUGUCAUAAAG